AUGAGUGGCGUGUGGGUGUUUGAGGACGGGAUGGUGAGGCGGGCGGACAGCGAGGCGCCGGGCGGGGCGGGGGCACGGCCGGGCAAGGUGCUGGUGCAUGUGCCCAGCGGCGAGGUGGUGACCUCAUACGACGUUCUGGAGCGGCGGCUGCGGGAGCUGGGGUGGGAGCGCUACCUCAACGACCCCUGCCUCAUCCAGUUCCACCAGCGCUCCACCGUGCACCUCAUCUCCGUCCCGCGUGACUUCGCCCGCCUCAAGCUCGUCCACAUGCACGAUGUCGUUGUCAAGACCCGCAACGUCUUCCAGGUCCGCGACGCCACCUAGCUUGCAUGCCCGGCCGGCCUCGUGUGAUCUACCUCGAAGCCGCCGGUUGCCAUACAUACCAUCGUACCGUACGUAUGUGUUGCGUGUGUGUUUUCGAAUUGCGAGGGAUUAUAUGAUGUAGUAGCGCGGUGGUACUAUGUGU